AUGGAAGAAGAGCCUUCCAGGCAUUCUGAUGUUUGUGACUCUAUUUCUAACAACGACUGGCUCACCGAUUGGGACUCAACUGCUCAGACCACGACUUCAUCCAUAAACCAUCGUCAUUCUGACGUUGGUUCGGACAAGGAAAAGGUUAGGAUUGCAGAUAUUAUCAAACGACUAACAUGUGAUGUCCAUGAUCCUGGGAAUGGUGGCAGUUGUGAUACGCCAAGACGGACUUCCAUCAGUAGUUCAGAACCUAGCUUUGAGCAUAAAGGAGGAUGGUCUCUAGUGGUGAGCUCCCCUAGAAUUCGAGGUCGCCAAGCAUUUCAUGAUUUGCUCCUCCAUAUUGAGCAUGACCGCCAUAAAGAGCUUGGUUCCCUAGCUGAGCGUCAGGCUGUCUCCAAAUUUUGUUAUCGUGGUCGCAUUCAGUCUCUAUUAAAGUUGAGAUUUCUCAGGCGUGACAUAGGGGUUCAAACUCGACCAGUACCAGUACCACCAUCUUGUAAACCGCCGCAACAUAGCUCUAGCAUUAUGCAACUCAGGGAGAGAUUAAAGGCAUCAAUUGAGCAAGCAAAAAUUGGGGACAAAGAAGUAAUUGUGCCAAGAAUGUCACCCAAGCCAGAGAAACAUUGCAAACAAAUAGACACUUCUUUGACCCAACUUCAACCUAUUUGUGAGAGUCAAUCCCAAGAAAGGGCCGCUGGUAUAGACAUGACGAGUACAAUGAUUUCAGAACAAGAGAAGAAGCUAGAGGAGUCAGUAGAGCAUAAUGAACUACCAAUAGAGAAAAUUGUUUGCCAAAAGAGUACGCCUUCGUCUAAUAAUAGGAAUACAAAACAUGAAGCCAUACUUGUGGCGGAGAAUCAUGUCAUUGACAAGUCUCACCUUCUUGAAGGUAACCCGAAAGAGGAAGAAAGUAUAGAAUUGCCACUAGAGAACACAAAAUCACAACAAAGCAAAGAAUUGCUCGAUGUUCCCAUUUUUGAGAAUAUUGCAAUUCAUGGUGCAGUAGAAGCAUGGAAAGAAAGAAACUUAGAGUGUGGUAUGGAGGUAGAAGAAAUGAAGAAGUCAAAAUUACAACAAAUAAGAGAAUUGCUUGAUAUCCCCAUUCUAGCUGAUAGUGCAAUUCAUAGCUCGGUAGAAGCAUGGAAAGAAAGAAACCUAGAAUGUGAAAUGGAGGAAGAACAAGAGGAAGGAGCAGGUGAUGAUGAUCAACAAGAGUAUUUUGAGGAAGCUCCGUAUGAUUGGUUUAGUGACAUAGCUAGGCCACGUAGCUAUUGGGAAGACAUCAGGCGAUCCUGGUAUGACCAAAUGCUAAGCACUGGUUGUGAAAACAGAGACAUAAAGGAACUCCUCGAUAGGAAAACUGUGUCGAGUUUUCUUUCAAGCGGAUUUCGAGAAAGGAUUGAUAGGUUGAUGUUGUCUCGAGCUCGGAUUCAAGCUACACAAAAUGAAUUAGAGGCUGAUGAUAACCAAGAGAAGAUGGCACAAGUGGCACUUUCAUACUUUGGCAAGGAGAUUAAUGAAGGAGAAGAGAAUGGGGUUCAAGAAGAGCAACACGAACAAGCUAAAAACAUUGGAGAAAAAGAAGAAACUGAUGAGGAGACGAAAGAAGAGGAAUCAGAAGACGAAGAAGAAUAUAUGGAUCAAGAAGAACAUCAGCAAGAGAGCUCAACAAGUCGAAAGUUUAUUGAAGCCAACGAUCUUUUUGACCAGUCCUCUCAAUCAAUCUUCUCAACCUCUCCAAACUGCAGGUUAUGGAAUUACGCUACAAGGAAAGAGAUGGAUGAGUAUGAUCAAUUCUCAAAUUCAGCUUCCCAACUACUACCUAGUCAACCAUUCUCGAAGAACACUCAGGAUAGAAGAAGAUGUUCAUGCUCUAAAAGUCGUGCAUCCGUUGAUGUGGAUGUGGUGAAUGAACUAAGAGGAAGCAUGGAACAAUUAAGGACUGAAGUUGCAGACCUUCGAAAGAUAAUCCAGAGUUGCAUGGAAAUGCAAAUGAAUCUCAUGAGGUUCAUAAAGCAUGCAGGUGAUGGCAGUAUAGAGAUGAACUCUGCAAACUUGCAACAAGAAUGA